AUGACCUGUUCUUUUUUCUUUAUAGAUGUUAAAACAAGAUGGCGCGGCGAUUUGACCAGAGCAAUGCAGAUGAAGAUUGCUUCUAACACAAAACCCAAUCACCAACCAACAAUGAUGGGGAUACAACACCAAGUCGUUUUAGAACCAUUGGAGAAGAAAGUCCUACCUAAAAGAAGGAGUCUCCUAGAUCUCAAAUCCCUUUUAGAAGAUAGAGGGGGCACUAUAGAACAUAGAAAAGAAUGUGAUCGAGCAGCUUUCAAUGAUAACGUUAUUAGCAAUAAUAGAUUCUACCGCCUAGACAGUAAAGUUAGUUUUGAAGAAAGAACUGUGAGUGAUCAUGGUGAUAGAGAGAGGUGUAAGAGAAGGUACGGGAAGGGAAGUUGGUGCUGUAGUAGGAUUAAAACUCUAAUGUUCUUAUUAAUAGUGGCGAUUUUUGUUGACACGAGACUGCAGACGGAAGCGAGGAAUACAGAACCAAGAUACGAGACAGCGUACGCAUGCGAAGGGAAAACACUGAAGAUUGGCUGCGCGGAAGGUUCCGUCAUCCACCUCAUCAGAGCUAACUAUGGAAGGUUCUCCAUCACGAUCUGCAAUGACCACGGCAACACUGAUUGGAGCGUUAACUGCAUGUCAACCAGGAGUUUACGAGUUUUGCACAGCAGAUGCAGUAUGCACCAAAACUGCAGCAUAUUAGCCAGCACGAAUAUGUUCGGUGACCCGUGUCCGAACACGUUGAAGUAUCUCGAGGCGCAUUAUCAGUGUGUUCCUGCAUCAACAACUAGCACAACCAAUCGGCCAUCGCCGCCAUGGCUUAUCACCUCCCAGCCAACAGUAUGGCGGUCCACCAUUCCUCCUAUACCGAAGAAUCCCGUGCAAACACAACAAACUGAACGCAAAAAGCCCACUGUUAUAACGCCGCCAACGUUCAGGCCUCAUAUCACACUACCACCGGAAGUGAGGCUUGGUGAUAUUGGCACAAAAAAGCCAACAACUCGACAACCAGAUUCAUCAUCAGAAAAGGACCCAUUACAAAUCCCUCACGACCACGUACCUGAAGUUAAAGAAGAAACUCCGAAGCUUCCUGAGCCAGAGAGCAUACCGAAGAAUGAGAAACCGAUUAAAGACCGUGAGGAAGGAAUCGCACCAGCCACGGAGGAAACCAUGCAGUGGCCGGCGAAAGACGAGGACUCAGAUUCCACUUCACCGGUCCAUAUGCCACCGAAGGAGAACCGAUCGCCGGAAAUAGACGGAGAGAACGCAUACGACACUAAGAUCUAUUCAACUAGUUCAACACCAAACAUAGGUAGGAGGGCAGCCUACUGUCCACAAGUAAUCGCACGAGGGUUACACUGGAACUGGACUCAAGCUGGCCAAUACGCUGUCCAGCCUUGUCCCGGCGGGGCAACUGGCUUGGCGAGGUGGACAUGUACACUGACAACCCACCAGCAUAUAGUGGAAGACGACCGACCGAGAAGACGCGGUAUUGGCUUACAAUCGGGAGAGAAUUACCACGACUUGGGACUCGAUCAGCCAAGCGAAAGGCAAUUACAAAUUAUAAGAAGGCUUGGCUCCGAAGCGUUACUUAAAGGUCGUGAUGGUGAUUCUCCAGAGCAUAUGAUCGAUUAUCGAGGAAGUUCAAGUAUGCCCGAUGCUCAAAUUUCCAGUCAUGGGGCAAUUUCGAAUGGUGAUUUUGCUUAUACCGAUUCAAUUCCGGAAUGGCACGGAGCGACACCCGACCUCAGCGAGUGCCGUUCCGUGUGGUUGAACAGCCUAGAAGCACGUGUGAGGGAAGGAGAGUCCUUACUCAGUAUCAGUAAUGAUCUGGCACAGGUAACAUCUUCAAAAACGCUGUACGGAGGCGACAUGAUGACAACUACGAGUAUAAUGAAGAAGUUAGCACAACGCAUGUCACAAAACAUGCAGACUUUUCCCGACCCUCGUCAGAGAGAGACCUUUGUCGCUGACAUGCUUUUAGGAGUCAUUAAAACCGGAUCAAACCUUCUAGAAGAAAGCCAACGCGCCUCUUGGUCGGAUCUGAGCACCGAAGCUCAGAACCGCGUCGCGAGCGCCUUGCUCACACAACUUGAAGAAAACGCUUUUCUCCUAGCAGAUGCUGUGACCAAAGAGAAGACGAUACUUCAGAUUGUCAAAAAUAUUUGCCUUUCUGUAAGGGUGUUAGAAGUGAAAAGUGUCGAAGAUGAAACAUUUCCAUCAGUUAUCGCUCAAGAACAAUGGAAGGCAUCUGAAGACACGAUAACUAUUCCUAAGGCUGCCUUGAUAGAUAAUCGGCAAAAAGACUUAGUGCGAAUUGUAUUUUUCGCGUUCGAUCGCCUCGAGCAAAUACUUCCACCGACUUUUGGCAAAACUCCGCAAUUCGCUGCGUAUGCCUCAGACCCCGCAUCGUCGGCCGCGACCAGUAUCAAUUCUGAGAGAGAAAAGAAGAAUAUAACGAGGGUUUUGAAUUCAAAGGUAAUAUCAGCGAGUUUAGGCAACGGUCGUCACAUACAACUGUCGCAAAUGGUGCGACUCACUAUGAAACACUUGAAGACUGAAAACGUAACUAACCCAGUUUGUGUAUUCUGGGAUUAUACUCUACAUGGCUGGUCUCCUGAAGGCUGUCAAGUGGAAUGGUCGAAUUUAACUCAUACUGGUUGUGCGUGUUCCCACCUUACGAACUUCGCGAUAUUAAUGGACGUCCAUGGAGUCGCUUUGAACCACGCCCACGAGAUGGCGCUGCGGAUCAUAACGUUGAUUGGUUGCGGAUUAUCGUCUAUUGCCCUAGUCGCAGCUAUUAUUGUGUUCCAGUGCUGUAGGAAUAUGAAGUCGGACCGAGUGUUGAUACACAAACACCUGUGCUGGUGUCUCUUGAUCGCCGAGAUAAUAUUCAUGGUGGGGAUAGAUCAGACUCAAGACAGGAUUCUGUGUGGCAUUAUAGCUGGUCUACUCCACUAUUUCUUCUUGGCUGCAUUCGCUUGGAUGUUCUUAGAAGGAUUCCAUCUAUACGCCAUGUUGGUGGAAGUAUUCGAGCCGGAACGUCCUCGGGCCCGGUGGUACUGCGCGGGUGCAUAUCUAGCCCCAGCUCUGAUAGUUUUGGCUUCUGCGGCCGCCUAUCCAACUGGCUACGGAACACCGCAAAGCUGCUGGCUUUCCACGGAUCAUCUGUUUAUCAUGAGCUUUGUUGGACCGGUGGCUUUGGUUGUUACGGCUAAUUGGAUCUGCUUGGGUCUGGUUAUUUACAUGAUGUGUCAUCACACUAGCGUAUCCAUCAAAGCGAAAGAAAACUCAAAGUUGUAUAAAAUAAAGGUUUGGCUGAACACAUCGGUAGUUCUAGCGGUACUUCUUGGUUUAACUUGGACCUUUGGUGUAUUGUAUCUCAACGAACAGACAGUGGGAAUGGCAUACGCUUUCACUAUACUCAAUUCGUUCCAAGGGCUCUUCAUCUUCGUGUUCCACUGCUUAUUGAAUGAGAUCUUCCAGAAGGAAUGCGCACGUCUCGGUCGUCGACAUUCAUGGCUCUCUUGCUGUUUAUACUUCACUACACAGUCAUCGCAACCAUUGCCACAUAAUAUGCCGGCCACGGCAUCUUCUUCCAAUCACGUGGAUACACGUCAGGGUUCAGUAAAAAGCCGUAGAUAUCACCAAAGUACGGCAGCUGAUGAAGAUAUUGUCGAUCCACGAGAAGUGACGAGUUACAACAUUCAACCGGAGCCAUCAAGGUGGAAUGUGCGACCAACCGCACCUAUAUACGUGCCAAAUGACGAUACAAGAUCAGUUCGGGCACCGACGCCACAAAAUAUACCUCAUAGCUCCUCACACACGCAAAGCAUAGCGUCAAUGCAUAGCUACAGGAAUAAUAUUGAAGUACCAAACGAAUACCAGAACUUAAGGUCGCGGUCGCCAUCUUGUUUCUCGAACAAGAUGGCAGCAUCGAUUGGCGCGAACGACUGGGCACUAAUGGCGAACACGAUCGGUGGCAAUGUCUGGAAGAACACUUCUUCUAAGCACCACGCAGGGAACACGUCAACUCUUCCUCACCACGACACCCUAACCAGGCAACUCCAACAGAACCACAUUCACAGUCCUUACGAAUGUGAAGCACCACUAGCACCCGGGUCACCGCGUCACAUCAAGGACGAGGAGAGUCCCCUCCACCAUCCGCAAGGCUACCAAACCACCAGGAGCUACAACCAGGACUUCAGGAACCCACACGUUUACAUGUCCCAACAUUCCCCCGGUAGUCAGGAGAUGAUCUUCCGGAAGCAUUACAAGGACGACCGACGCAAACAUCACCAUCACCACGGAAGUCAAAACGUGAACCAUACGUAUUCGGAAAUCGCGGCGCAACAAGGCCGGCUGUACAGACGAGGGUCCGAACAGGAAUUCCGGGUGAUACAAGACGAUCCGGUUUAUGAAGAAAUCGAAAGGAACGAGACCCUAAUGUCGGAUAUGUCCGACGACAACUCUGGUCCGGACAACUGCAGACAGAACCCUGGACACCACGGCUCGUCCAGUUCCAAGUUCUUUGGUGAUCAUCGUCCCUUGAUAUCUUACAGUCCUGGAGACAGGCAUCAUCACGAACAGGAGCAUUAUGGAAAGUACGGAAAAUGGGACACUCUGGAUCGGGCGUACGAUAGACAUGCAUAUGAAAGCGGCAGAUUGGUGCACCCGUAUCACCAGCCCCAGGAAAGUAAUAUGAGGGCUCUGGCAGCUGUUCUUAACGGAGAGAAUAACGUCGUAUGUCACUUAGAGCCGCAUAACUCCUACGACGGUUAUCAACCGCAAAGCGGGAAUCCCAGGACUGUUUCGCAACCCAGUUUCUAA